UGGGCCACAAGUCGGCUUAGUUGUCGGGCGGGUCGCAGGGCAGCAGCACGCAAACUGUCAUCACGUGAGUGGUCACAAUGGUCUCUGACGGUCCUGUCGUCGACGAGCAGCGUCGUCCAUUCUGCGAGAUCCUCUGAAGUAUCCUCGGUGGAAAGCCGACCUGGCGCCCGACCGCGCGAUACCGACGACGAUAACGACGAGGAGGAGGCUCGGCUGUUUCCCCGCUGGUUUGUUAGAACUUUAGUUGCAAAGCAUACUAUUCACAAUGACGGAGUAUUGGUUGAUUUCCGCGCCUGGAGACAAAACCUGUCAGCAAACGUGGGAAACUAUGAACAAUUUAACAUCCAAGCAGCAUUCUCUAUCGGUGAACUACAAAUUUCACAUUCCGGAUCUGAAGGUCGGAACGUUGGAUCAAUUGGUUGGCUUGUCAGAUGACUUAGGCAAACUCGAUGGAUACGUGGAGCAAGUAACGCGUAAAGUGGCAACGUAUUUGGGUGAGGUACUGGAGGAUCAGAGGGACAAGCUACAUGAGAACCUGAUGGCCAACAAUAGUGAUCUGCCAUCAUAUAUAACUCGAUUCCAGUGGGACAUGGCUAAAUACCCCAUCAAACAGUCUCUGAGGAAUAUUGCGGAUAUUAUCAGUAAACAAGUGGGACAGAUUGAUGCUGAUCUAAAAACUAAAUCCACAAUAUAUAACAAUUUGAAAGGCAGCUUACAAAAUUUAGAAAAGAAACAGACGGGGAGUUUAUUAACACGUAAUUUAGCAGACUUAGUAAAGAAAGAACACUUUAUUCUGGACAGCGAAUAUUUAACUACUUUGCUUGUCAUUGUACCGAAAUCCAACUUUCAGGAAUGGUACAGUUGUUACGAAAAACUGACAGAUAUGAUUGUACCGCGCAGUACACAACUUAUUACUCAGGAUUCUGAAUACGGAUUAUUCACAGUUACUUUAUUUAAAAAAGUAAUGGAUGAGUUUAAAUUGCACUCUCGUGAAAAGAAGUUUAUUGUACGAGAUUUUACAUAUAACGAAGAGGAAUUAGCAGCAGGAAAGAAUGAAAUUACGAAGUUGGUAACUGAUAAAAAGAAGCAAUUUGGACCACUUGUCCGUUGGUUGAAAGUGAAUUUCAGUGAAUGUUUUUGUGCUUGGAUUCAUGUUAAAGCUCUGCGUGUAUUUGUUGAAUCCGUUCUUAGAUAUGGCUUACCUGUCAAUUUCCAAGCAAUAUUACUGCAUCCGCAUAAGAAAUGCGCGAGGAGAUUACGUGACGCUCUAAAUCAGCUUUAUGCUCACUUAGAUUCAUCUGCUACCGCUUCAACAGCGCAACACAAUCAAGAUAAUGUGGAUAUACCAGGACUAGGUUUUGGCCAAAGUGAUUAUUUCCCGUAUGUCUAUUACAAAAUCAACGUGGAUAUGGUUGAUAGUAAGGUUUAAUUAGAGUCCGCUUUUUUCUCCCGAACGUCGUACUUCCUUUUAUUUAUCCAGAUGAUAUAAUUCUGUUACAUCAGGAAUCUAGUGGCAGGUGCGUACAAGUUCCUCACUUGUAUUAAUAUGUAAAAAGAAUACUGCAUUUCCAGAAAACUUGUUUCGAUUUUUCCGUAGCGAUUACGUUUAAUAAUUAUGAAUCGCGUAAUUUGCUACAAUUGAAGAAAA